GUAGCUAGCUAGGUCAAAUGGACAUGUCUCUUUAUCGAAAGAAUAAUAACAAUAUUGGACAGUGGUGCAACAAUAAUGUAGUUAGCCAUUGGGAGUAGCCAGUUACAGACGAUAUUUUCACUUAACUGACGUUACCUCGCUACAGUAUUUGUACAAGACAUCGUGCUAAGCGUGUGUCCCUGCUCCUGUGACACAUCUGGCCAACAUGUCCAUGUUCAGCACGGGCAUCCUGGUGCUCACCUCUCCUCUCCACACCCUCCCCCUGCGCAUUGCCCCUGUACUCAGCUCAGCUGCCCAGGUGGUGGAGCGCACCCUCUACGUCCAUCUCCAUCCGGGCCUGAACCUGGGUGCAGGCGGGGGCCAACCCAGGCCCGUCUUCAUCCCGCCCGUGGUGGAUCUGUCCAGCCUUAUCACUGGGCUCUACAGCAAUGCUGCCAACGUGUGCAGCCACCUGGACGUACGAGUGCUCCUCACCAACGUCCGCGCCCAGUCCAAUAACUCCUCCAGCCCAGAGACAGGUGGGACAGUGGUAACGGGUAACCCCUUCCCUUCCCCACAGCCCCUCUCCCACUCCCCCGAGGUGGUGCUAACAGACUUCGCCCUGCAGGACCCAUGCCAGUCCCCGCUGGUGGCCCAGUGUCUGCAGAGGUACGCCGGCCACUGUUACGUCUGCUCGCCCGGCUUGGCCUCAGUGCUGCUCCACCCGCAGCUGCAGAAUCUGGAGGAAGAGGUGGAGAAGGAAGAGAAGGAGGGCCAAAAGGAAGACUGGGAUAGUAGGUCGGACCCCAUGGAGACUUACGGUGAGGUGGUGGUAGGGGGAACGUUCGACCGCCUCCACGGGGCGCACAAGACGCUGCUGAACGUCUCUUGCCUCUUGGCGAACAAGCGGUUCCUUAUCGGGGUGUGUGACCAAGAACUUCUAAAAAAGAAGGUGCUAAAGGAGCUAAUUGAGCCCUACGCCCUGCGGGUGCAGCGUCUCCAAGAGUUCCUGCAGGAUGUCAAGCCCUCACUGCAGUACGAGAUCGUGCCCCUCUCAGACCCCUUUGGACCCUCCGUUAUUGACGCCCAGCUGCAAUGCAUUGUGGUCAGCGAGGAGACCCGCAGGGGAGGCGAGGCUGUGAACAAGAAGCGCCUCGAAAAUGGUCUUCCAGGACUAGUGCUGCACGAGAUCCAGCUUCUGAAGGAUGCCCACCACACUGAGAUGGAGGAGGAGAAGAUCAGCUCCUCCAGCCUCCGCUCACGCCUCCUAGGGACCCUCCUCACAGACCCAAAACAGGACAAGCCCCAUCUCCCACUGGUGCCCUACGUGAUUGGCCUGACUGGGGGCAGCGGCAGCGGGAAGAGCUCCAUCGCCCGGCGGUUGGAGGCCCUGGGUGCGGUCCGCAUCGACAGCGACCAGCUGGGCCAUGAAACCUACCGGCCGGGGGAGGUUGCUUACAACAGGGUGCUGGAGGAGUUUGGAUCAGGUGCGGAUCUUAUUAAUGAGGACAAAACUAUCAACAGACGCGCACUAGGCAGGAAAGUUUUUGGAAACAAGGAGAGGUUGAAAGACCUCACCGACAUUGUGUGGCCGGAGAUAGCUCUACUCGUCAAGGAAAGGAUCCAACAGGCCAGAGAAGAAGGUAAACAGGUGUGUGUGGUGGACGCAGCUGUGCUGCUGGAGGCCGGCUGGACGGACAUCGUGCACGAGGUCUGGGUCGCCAUCAUUCCUGAGGAAGAGGCAGUGUCUCGGAUCACUGCGAGGGACGGUGUCAGCCAAGAGGACGCUGUGCGGCGGCUGCAGAGCCAGUGGCCCAACGCGCGGCAGGUGGCGCAGGCCAACGUGGUGCUCUGCACUCUGUGGGAGCCCGAGAUCACCCAGAGACAGGUACGGAAGGCAUGGGAUCUCCUUCAGAAGCGAAUCCAACAGAGAUGGGAAGGAGCGAAGCCACCGUCCUGAGCCAGACCUCCAUACACAUACACCACCUCAACAGUGAACUGCACACACACCGACUGUAAAGCCCUGCAAGGGAUGAGGGUGGCUCCAAAACGGCCAGGGUGCAAUCAUGUUAGGGACGUCUGCCUUAAAAGGAGCGCCACAACGGUUGCUUUGGUGUGCCAUCGCAACCACAAACCCCCCACGGAGGAUCUUACACCUGCAAAAGACGCUGGAGCCAUACUUGCGAACAUUAGAAAAAUUUAAACAGUUUCUCCGUCUUAAUGCACAUCAGCCAAUUAAAAUCAUUAAUAGAACGCUACAUUGUAGCUGGUCCCAUCAGAUAACCUGGCACACGUUAGCCCUAUGUUAACCUCACCAGAUGAGUGAUUAUUUUCUGGAACAAAAUUCCUCAUCAGCCUAUCAAAUAUCUUAGACUUUAUAUCCAACAACCAAUAGACAUGUUGGUUGUUUAGCAACAAAACCGAUAUGCGCAAUUAUGGGGCAAAACAGACAGGGUUGGCUUAGAUUGUUGACAACAUGUAAACUACAUUUUGUCUUCAAUUUUUAUUGGAAACAUUAAUAUAUUGCACAAUGAGCACUUGUUGCCUCUCAAAUACAUUGUUACAUCAAAUUUCAGCCAUAUUAGCAUAGACGUGACA